CCCUCAGCUGUGCAUGGUUCUGCUGUCUCCUGUGUGGAGUUGGCCUGGAAGCGGCGGCGUGCUUCUAGCGCCUGGAGUCGCACUCGCAAUCCUGGAACGCUUGCACCUGUCCGCCAGGCACACGACAAUCUUCACUGCGCGCAGCCCCAGCUUCCGGCGCAUGCUGGUGCGACCAAACUUUGCUUCUCGACUGUUUUACUAGAUACAUGCAAACACAAUGCGCUCCCAGACGCUCACUUCCCUGACCGUGCUGCUCCUGGCUGCCGCACCGCUGGCUACCACGGCCCCGCACGACCAACCAGCAUACCCUUAUGACGUGCGCUCUAACGUACCCAACCGUACGCCGCCCACGUGGCGCAGACUAUCCGACGCUAUCAUUAGAAAGAUCUGGAGUCUACCAGACAGCCAGAACAGCCUGGGAGAGAGCAUUGACAGUACACAUCAGGCAGCAAGCGAGCAUUUCGUAGCACAGUAUGGCGAAGACAUUGUGUUGAGAUUCAAGAUUCGCACAGCAGUCGAGGCAAAGGCACUGGCUGAAGCAUCAGACAUCCUGUUCCUCGAUGUGUGGGAGUUUAAUGAGGACUGGGCCGACAUCAGGGUAGCAAAGGAUGUGGUGCCCUCGUUGCUUGGUCUCCUUCCGCCCUCUCUGAAGCAGUCACAUCAACCUCUGAUGCAAGACCUCGACCUCGCGCAGGCCAUCUUCGACUCGUAUCCUUCCUCGUCCGCUACGCAGUCACACCAGGAUGACCACUCCCACGCACCAGACCUCAAGACAGCGCCUCGCAAGAGCAAGGGCCACCCAUUCUUACAGGACUACCAGCCAUUGUCCGUGAUCAAUCCCUGGAUGAAGCUCAUGGCGUCCAUGUUCACUACCCACGUUCGCCGAAUCACUGUUGGCACUACCUACGAAGGUCGCGACAUCCCGGCGCUACGCGUAGGAGUGCACCCAACAAACAACGAUGAGCCCUCAGGCCCGCGCAAGACAGUGCUCAUCACGGGUGGCUCACAUGCCCGUGAAUGGAUCUCGACCAGCACCGUCAACUACGUUGCCUGGAACUUGAUCAACGCAUACGGCAAGGACCGCGAGAUCACACGCCUGCUUGAAGAGUUCGACUUCGUUCUCGUCCCAACACUGAAUCCCGACGGCUACGUCUACUCGUGGGAAUCUGACCGCCUGUGGAGGAAGAACCGUCAGCCAACCAGCCUGCGUUUCUGCAACGGCGUGGACCUGGACCGCAGCUACUCCUACAAGUGGGACGGCGACACAGUACGCACAAACCCCUGCAGCGAAUCCUACGCCGGCAGCGAACCCUUCGAAGGCGUCGAGGCCCAGCGUUUCGCCGAAUGGGCCAAGAACGAGACCGAGCACAACAACGUCCAAUUCGUCGGCUUCCUGGACCUGCACUCGUACUCACAACAGAUCCUCUACCCGUACUCCUACUCCUGCGCUGAUGAACCUCCAGCGCUCGAAGAUCUUGAGGAGUUGGCUCUGGGACUUGCCAAGGCCAUCCGAGUGAGCCGGAAGGGCCACGCGUACAAAGUCACCUCGGCCUGUGAGGGCAACGUUAUGUGGUCGAGCGACAAGACGCACCGCACCGUCCUGCCGCGCAUCGAGUCUAGUGGUGGAAGUGCGCUGGAUUGGUUUUACCACGAGUUGAAGGUCAAGUACUCGUACCAAAUUAAGCUGCGCGAUACUGGUAGCUAUGGCUUCCUUCUGCCCAAGGAGAACAUUGCGCCUACCGGAGAGGAGAUGCUCGAUGCGGUGCUAUACUUCGGCCGCUUCAUGCUCGGUGAAGUUGGCCUGGUCACUGCGAAGAACCAGGAUGCACAGCUCACUGAACCUGUAGAGGACGAGUGGGAGAUUAUUGACAAGGCUGAUGCUGACGAGGAGGAGGUGAUUGAACUUUGAUUGUAACAAAAGUCGAGAUUCUUGUAACACCAAAUUGUCUUUAGGCUUCGCUAUACCCAAUUUUUAGCUUCUGUAGCUGUUCGUUUUUUACCCAACAGUCCUUAUACGACCUGUUUAGAAGGUAAAAUCUCUUUCUACCAACGCAAAUAUAGAGUACAUGCCCACA